GUGAGUCAGCAACUCAUCCCGUUCGGAUAUAGCAGCAACCACCAGUCCACGAAUCAGAUUGCACCGGCAGCAAAAAAAUUAUGGGGCUUCGAAACCAAGGACGCUACCAGUAAAUUGGCCCUCAAUCAUGAAGGGGUGUGGAGAGACCCCACGUGGGCAGCUCCAGAACACAACGUGUCCGCCUCGCUGGCGAUGGGCAGACGACCUGGCGGCGGCGUGGGCGGCGGCCCGUUCACCGCGGGCGGCAACGGCGACCCGACGGGCGGCGGCAUCCUAUCGCCCCGCGGCAGCGACAACGGCGGUCUCGGCGUCAAAAUGGUCGAGUACGUGUUGGGCACGUCGCCCACCGGCAAGGAUAGCGGGGGCGGCAGCGGGGGCGGCUUGGAGCCGCGAAUGCGCGCGCUACACCUGCCCGACGACAAGGAGUCGAAGGAGAUGGGCAAGCAGCCGGCGUCGCAGGGCAGUCCGUCGAACAAGGAAGAGUGUAACGGGGGCGGAGGAGGCGGC